AUGGCCGAAUUAGCAACCGAGAUAGGCGCAAAUAUCGGGUUUGGUCGCGCGACUGGUAUUGACUCGGAUGGCGAUGCUAUCAAGUCAGUGACCUAUGUUCCAAGGGGCGACAGCUCUGCAAGCAUCACCGUCCCAGCGACAGACGUAGUCCUCUGCGUAGGGCCUGGACUCGCCAUCUCUAUCCAGCAGCGCCCAUCGUCGGUCUGCGACAACACCGUGAUCUCGCUCGCAAGAUCCGGUGUCCAUCGCGCCGAAUACGCCACAGCCGAAAUCUUCACCAGGCCCAAUAACACGGUCUGGGCAGCAGGCGAUCCUGACGACACGGCUUCAACUGAGCUACCGCUGACGGCCGAUGUUGUAAUACCAGACCGCGAAACCUACGAUAACAUUAUUGCCCAUGUAGGCGCUAUGUCGGAUGAGUUGUGGACCAGUGAAGUUGUCUCGCGGCAGGAUUGUUACUUGCCCGAUGUCGAGGGUGAUGUUCCCGGGCCUAUCCCGGGUCCAACGGCGGUGAAAGGGCUCUGGAUUGCUGCGGGGCAUAGCUGUUGGCGUAUUCAGAUUGCGCCAGGCGAUCAGUGCAGAUGUAUCCGUAGAUGA